UAGGGUUAGGGGGGCAUAUCUAUUGCAAGUAAGUUAAACCCUCCCCCACUCUUCCCCACUCUUUCUCCCUCUGAUUUCUAUCUAUUCCAGUUUCUAAUUUCAAUUCACCAAACCUCCUAAAAAACUUUCGCAGUAUAUUAAUCUUAAUUUGCAGAGUUUGAAGCAGAGAAGAUUUGAAGGGUUCAAGUAACAUGAGGAAGCGCCAAGUGGUUGUGAGAAGAGAGGAGCCUCAAAGAAACGUUAGGAGUGUGAAAUAUGGUGAGUGCCAGAAGAAUCAUGCUGCAAAUGUUGGAGGGUAUGCUGUUGAUGGUUGCAGGGAGUUCAUGGCCAGUGGUGGAGAAGGAACAAGUGUUGCUCUCGUUUGUGCUGCAUGUGGCUGCCACAGGAACUUCCACAAAAGACAGGUUGAAACUGAAGUAGUGUGUGAAUGUUCCUCACCUCCCUCCAAUGGCACUUGAAGAGAUGUUUAUGUCUCAACAAUUAUGCUACUCUCCUUGUAAUAUAUUUUGUGGAGUUGCUUUUUGUUUGUUAAAGAAUUAUUGGGGUUUUAAAAUAGUGCUGAACUAGUAUGAUGAAUUGAAUAUGCUAGAAUUAUAUAUAUUUAUAUAUUCUAAAGUACGUAUGUGAUUUUGAGGUUGAUGUGUCUAAAGUGAAAAAACAAAGCAAUCACAAAUUUGUUUUGAGAUGAGUGCAAAGUUUUGAUCAUAUUCA